AACAACAAAACCUAACCUAUCGUAUGGUGACAGCGUUUGUUAUCGAUAUGUACCUUACCUACCUAAUUAUUCGACAACUUGUCCUGUAACUUUUAGGCUUAACGUUUUAUUUUUCAUGCGUUUUUAUAAUGGUUGUAUUUCAUUUUCAUCAGUAUCAAAUAGUUCGUGAAAUACAUUUGUGAUUUGUGAAUUUUAUUUAUUGAUUAUUUCUCCAGCGAGUAGAUACAUAUACCUAGAUCAACCCAAUGGCUUCAAUAAACCCCCUGGUGUUUCACUCCAGCCCACCAUCUUUGAAAAAGAUCACUUCCAUCUCCAUAACCAAACACCUGUGGAAAGAUAAAAUCAUCGAUGGCUCGUUCGAGCGCACCUUUUUCGAUAAACCAUCGCCGUUCAAAUUCGACAACAGGCUACCAAUACCGCAAAUGCUGGCCGAUUCGAUCGAUCAAGAUAUCGUCGCGAUUCGCUCUCAAUUAAAGAAAUGGCUGCAUUAUAUCCGCUGUCGGAUCUUCUGCUGGCAAAGCAUCGUAUUCGACGUAUUGAAGAAAUACUUCGACCGACUCAUUUGGAACAUCGAUGGAACCAUCAACGAUAUUUCAACCGCUCGCGAUAUGUUAACAUGGCCUAGGUUAUCGCCCCUUAAUAAAUAUCGAAUCGCUUGCGUUUACUGUUUAGCCGAAAACGUACGAGAAAUCAGAAGCACCUUGCCUCCUGAAAUAUUCUGGGCUAGGUACUCGUACGAUGAAGAUCCUAUGCUGUAUUACUGGGAACAGUCGCUUCGCGGAUCUCGAGAUGCCCGAUUAGAACCCAGUAGUAUUGUAAAAAAUCAUCAAGUCGAUCGUUGGUCCGCGAUCGAGUAUUUCUUCAAUCAGGCCAGACAGCCGGAUCAACAAAGACUAGUCAUAUCGACGAUCAUAUCUCAUAAAAGUUGCUUCUAUACGAGGAAACUGCUGCCUUUAUUGGAUCAGACUCGCUUAGAGUACGUGAUUUGCGAAUUCGGCUGCGAUAUCAUGAUCGAUCUGCUGUGUUGUCCGGAUAGUCAGCAUAUUGCUCUUGAAACCUGGACCUAUGUGAAGGACCGAAUAAACAAGGCUCACUUCGAGGAACUUAUUCGCUGGGUUUUAACCUUCGAAGCUGAAUACAAGCAACCAAUGGAUGAAGAAUUAGUCUCCACAUCUAUCGAAAUAUGGAACCGGUGUCCACCUCGACUGAAACAAUCCUGUUUACGUGAUAUUCUCAACGAUUCCGAAUUAUUCGAUUAUUACGGAUCGAAUUUCAGAAAACUUCCUCGUGAUUUAAGAUUCAUCAAGAGAAUAAUCUCCGAUGCCAGUCGCCAGAUGAGGAAUGAGUUCUGGAAGAAAAAUUGGAAUCUGUUGAUUCGAGGCAGUCGUCCGAUUUAUUUGAAAGAUUUGAUGGAAAUGUGCAUGGAUCCGAAAGAAAUAGAUCAUUUUAAAGAGCACACAAUGGGUGAGUUUGAAUUCAUUAGGGAAUAUUGUCUGGAGUUGAUUAAGAAAAGAUGCUACUACGAGUUGGACGAUUACUUAACAUUCUGCUAUAAAGAAAGGAAGAAAAAUCUCGAUGUUCAGCGUCGAGUGGUGGAGUAUUAUUUUCCACGAAAAAAACCCAAAUGUCCGGAAGAAGAAUGGCGCGAAUAUCAAGCAGAAUGUAUAAGAAAAUUGGAUAUUGGAAUAAGCGAAUUUAGAGAAUUCCGCAAUAGGGUGAAUGCUAAUCGACGUAAUAAUCGGUUCCGGCCUCGAAGACUUAUACGUUUUUUGCGAAUGAUAUUUACAGGUUGUAUUUUUAGCUGAAAUAUAAUGUUUUUUGAGAAAA